ACAGCUGACUAAUCCAAAAUUUUUAUUGUUCUACAAUUUUUACCUUUUCGCAUCUAGUUGAGAUUUUUGUUGUUUUGAUCUUAUUUACGUCUUAUAGGCUUGCAACGUGUUACAACAAUAAACAGUAAUCAUAAAAUACAAAAUUAGUGCAAUAAGACCGAAGUAAAAGUGUUGGAACUAGUUAGUACCUGGACAGCUACCAUGAUCCAUCUAACAGGGCACAAUUAUAAUGCCCGUGAGAUCAUACAAAAUAUAUUUUCUCCGCUGGUGGGUGUGACGUGCAGCCCACUAGCCAACGAUGUUUGUGCACGAAACAACUUGUCUUUUGUGGAAAUGUUACAGCCAUUCUCUAAAUUGCUGAAUGAUGCGCAUUUUCGUGACGUGUCAGAAACGAGUGUUUCCAUUAAGGGUCUACGCUUAAACUUUUGCGAUAUUGAUUGGCGUCCGCCACAGAUGGUGCUGGCGCGCAAAAUGCUAAACGAGGCAGUGGCAAAUGCCCAUAAUGAGAAAACUAAAUAUGUGACCAUAGGAAACAUGGAUUUACAGCUGCCCACUUCUGAGCCAUGGUUCGAGCAAUGGCGUGAAACAUUUCUCACCGUGCAGUUCCCCGCUGAUCAUGAGUUUACGCGCCAUUUUAUAAGUUGCCUUAUCGUCUUGAGCAGUAGCGAUCCGAAUAUUGUAGAAAGCGCACAAAAGCUUACCCAACGCGUACAUCAAAUGCAAAGCGUAACACCACAAAAAUUGCCCAAGUGGUUUCACUCCACUAAUGUGCUCAAUAGUUACGUUGUACUGCAUGAGGGUUCACAAGGCGAUAUAUCCAAAGCGCAACAAAGUUACGAGCUGCUUAAGUCUACAUUCGGUAAUAGUAAAUGCUUCCUGGUGCAGAUUAAUUCACUAGAUGCCACUGUAUCCGGAGAAGUGUCUGACUAUUGGGUGCCAUACAUCAAACGGCAGCCGAAAAAUGAGCUUCAGGUAGAGCAGCUAAGUGGUCCGAAAACACCGCAGGAUGCUAUGUCCAUGAUUUCCAUGCCGAACAUACAAAUGUCUAUACUUAGUGAUGCAAUGGCACCUACCGAUAGUGUCACUGAUGUAGCCAUUAUACAUCCCUUGAGUCCAGUGCAAGAAAAUGCAACAGAAGCCAUAAGCUCAAAGUUUUCAGUAAGCAGCGAGAGCAUAGCUUCGCAAACCAUAAAUGCAAACGUAUGGGCAAGUGAAACGGACGGUGAUAACACAACGGUUCAUGGAGGUUGCAUGAAUUCCAUGGAUGUCGAGAAUUUGCGUCAUUUCGUGCAGGAUUACACUGUGCGUGCAUUAAUACCAUACGCUGAACAAUUGGUGGCCCUGCUUGUAGAAGCGAUCACAAACAAAAAAGGUGUCAGUAAGUCUUUGCUUAGCGCCACUAAACGGUGGUUUGUUAGCAGCAAGCCUGGUUCGAAUUCGGUCAAUCAAAACGCUGUUAUCUAUACAAAUGAAUCAUCGGAAUUGCAAACCCGCAAACUUGGGGAUCUUUAUUUCAUAUUCGGGCAUUACAAUCUGGCUUUUCAGGCUUAUCAUCAAGCUAAACGCGAUUUCAAUGCCGACUCCGCUUGGCAGUAUUAUGCAGGAGCUUUGGAAAUGGCUGCCGUCUCGGCAUUUAUGCUAGGCACUGCGAAUCGUAAAACUUUUGAUUACAUGGAAGAUGCCAUUAUGUGUUAUUUAACGGUUUGCAAAUUACAACAAUUUGCGACGCGUGCCACCCUGCUCAGUAUGGAAUGUUUACGCACAUCACGCAUGUACGGUGAGGCCGCUAAGCAAUUG